CCAACCUCCCUACAGCCUCUUCCUCAUCAUCUUCUCCAUCACCAAUUUCCAUCAAGAAUUAAACUAGCAGAGAAUCAAAAUAGGGAGCCAUGGCCAAUUCAGCUGCUACUAUAAGUUCUUCUUUGUGCGUAAACUCAAGAGGUUAUUAUUACCCCUCUUCUUCUAAAGUUCCAUCAACUCUUAUUCUUCCUCCCCCUUUUCACAGUCAUCCAAGAUUUACGAUUAAUUGCUCCCUUCACUCUCCUUCUCUGCUCCAUUUCCCAAAAAAGCAAUCUUCCGUUCAUCCCUCUGUAGCUAUCCCCAUUUCCACUUCAUGCCCGCCGGAAGAAAAUCCAUCCUAUUCUUCUCCAGCUUCCAGGUGGAAUUUCUUUCAAAUGGCUGCUGCAAUGGCCUUGGACGCAGUGGAGGAUCGGCUGACGGACCAUGAGCUUGAGCACCCUUUGCCCAAAACUGUCGACCCCAAAGUCCAGAUUGCCGGUAAUUUCGCCCCGGUGGCGGAACAAUCCGUCCGGCACGGUCUCCCGGUGGUGGGUAGUGUUCCGGAGUGCAUACGUGGCGUGUACGUGCGCAACGGUGCGAAUCCCCUGCACGCGCCGGCGGCUGGUCACCACUUCUUCGACGGGGACGGCAUGGUUCACGCCGUACAGUUCAAGAACGGCGCCGUCAGCUACGCUUGCCGGUUCACAGAGACGCAGAGGUUUGUCCAGGAACGGGAAUUAGGCCGCCCGGUUUUCCCGAAAGCCAUCGGAGAGCUUCACGGCCACACCGGGAUUGCGAGGCUGAUGCUAUUCUACGCGCGGGGGCUUUUGGGGCUCGUUGAUCACACCAAAGGCAUCGGGGUGGCCAACGCCGGUCUGGUCUACUUCAACAACCGGUUGCUGGCGAUGUCGGAAGAUGAUUUCCCGUACCACGUCAAGGUCACGCCCGCCGGAGACCUGAAAACCGUCGGGAGAUACGACUUCGACGGGGAGCUGAAAUCGAGUAUGAUCGCCCACCCGAAGCUCGACCCUGUUUCCGGCGAGCUCUUCGCCCUCAGUUACGACGUGAUCCAAAAGCCUCACCUGAAGUACUUCUGGUUCUCGAAAUCCGGGGAGAAAUCCCAGGACGUCGCGAUCCCACUCCGGGAGCCCACAAUGAUCCACGACUUCGCCAUCACAGAGAACCUCGUCGUCUUCCCCGACCAGCAAGUGGUGUUCAAGAUGUCGGAGAUGAUCCACGGCGGGUCACCGGUGGUCUACGACAAGAACAAGGCAUCAAGAUUCGGGGUACUAAACAAAUACGCCAAAGAUUCCUCGGAACUGAAGUGGGUGGAAGUGCCGGACUGCUUCUGCUUCCACCUCUGGAACGCCUGGGAGGAGCCAGAAACAGGGGAGGUCGUCGUGAUCGGUUCUUGUAUGACCCCGCCGGACUCAAUCUUCAAGGAAAGCGACGAGCAGUUAAAGAGCGUCCUAUCCGAAAUCCGGCUCAAUCCUAAAACCGGGAAAUCCACGAGAAAAUCCAUCAUCGACCCAAACCAGCACGUAAAUAUAGAGGUUGGAAUGGUGAACAAGAAAAAACUGGGCAGAAAAACCAGGUACGCAUUCCUAGCCAUAGCAGAGCCAUGGCCGAAAGUCUCAGGCUUUGCAAAAGUUGAUCUUUUCAGCGGAGAGGUACAGAAAUUCAUGUACGGGGAUGAGAAAUACGGCGGGGAGCCUCUGUUUCUGCCAAGAGAUUCUGAAACGGGGGAAGAAGAAGAAGAUGAUGGGCAUAUAUUCGCUUUUGUGCAUGACGAGAAGGCAUGGAAAUCAGAGCUGCAGAUUGUGAAUGCCCAGACUUUGAAGCUGGAAGCCACUGUAAAGUUACCAUCAAGAGUUCCUUACGGUUUUCAUGGCACUUUCAUAAAAGCCAUGGAUUUGGCCGGCCAGGUCUAGAUAGACGGAGAUAGAUUUACCAGUGGGGUGGUCCUUUGAUUAUGCAUCCCCGGAAUCUUCUCUGACCAGUUAGCGUCAAGUUUAUUUUUCUUGCUAGUGAUUUUCAAGUGAGAGAUUUUCAAACACCAGCGUGUAGCUUUGUGGAUUACUGAAGCUCAGCUGGGUGAUUUGUGCUAAUCCUUUCACAUUAUUACUAUUUACUGUCAUGUGGAUUAUUAGGGAAACAGAUGAGAAAAGAGAGAUUGUACAUAUUUGUAGUAUAAUGCAUGCAAUAAUCUCCAUUCUUCAGUAUAUACUCCUCUGUUUCUAGUUGUAUAUAAAAUGUUUUAGUUCUCCAGCUUAUUUUCCUUAUGUCCCAGAACUGUCCCUCAUUUUCAUCAAGAUAGAGUACAUCUCAAAUACAAUUUCUUUUUCCUGAUGUUCCCC